UGGCAGCAGCCGUGACUUGGCUCCGACAUCAGGCUGUCUCACUGUGCCAUUCUGCUUUAACUUGCCUGAGAGGGAGCACAGUGCAUCUCACUCUGCUCGCUCUUCAAGAAAAAGUUCUGUUCUGCAAUUUCUUUGGCUUCAGUGCAGAUUUGUUUCAAAUUCAUGAAUGAGAAAGGAAGGCAGCUUUGCUUUUAGAGGAGACUUUUUGAAGCUAUUUGGAGAGUGCUCUCCUUACGCAGGGAUGCCCAAAGCGUUCCGCUGUCCAUCCUGCCCUUCAGACUGUUUCUUCUCCCCCUCUCUGUUCAGACUUUCCCCUCCGGAUCCCUUUGGCAUGCAAGGGUCAAGUCAGCAGGAUUUCUCUUCCACCAGAGUUCUCUUCAGCUGUGUUAUGAUCCUGUUCCUCGGUGCCACAAUUGACCCAAAAGCUUCCCAGGCAAAACAAAAGGAUUAACUAUGAACUUUGCUCCCUUGGACAGCCAACACUGAGACCUGAUCAAAGUCAAUUAUGCCUUUGCCUCACAUGGAAGAUCCAAACAUGCUUAUGAUGGAUGGAUGCCUGUAAUAUCCAGAAGACCAUGGAAGGAGAAAACCUAGUUAACUUCACCAGAAAUAACACUACAAAAGACAUCCACCUGGUCACUCACAGUCUUUGGGAGGUGAUUACCAUUGCGACUGUGUCUGCCAUUGUCAGCCUCAUCACCAUUGUGGGCAAUGUUCUUGUAAUGGUCUCCUUUAAAGUCAAUAGUCAACUGAAGACAGUGAACAAUUACUACUUACUGAGUCUGGCAGCAGCAGACCUCAUCAUAGGGGUUUUUUCCAUGAAUUUGUACACCUCUUACAUCCUGAUGGGCUACUGGGCUUUAGGGGACCUUGCCUGUGAUCUGUGGUUAGCAGUGGACUAUGUAGCCAGUAAUGCCUCUGUCAUGAACUUGCUUGUGAUCAGUUUUGACAGAUAUUUUUCCAUUACUCGGCCUCUGACUUACAGGGCCAAACGGACCCCUAGACGAGCUGGAAUUAUGAUAGGUUUAGCUUGGUUGGUGUCUCUGAUUUUGUGGGCCCCACCUAUUCUUUGUUGGCAAUAUUUUGUUGGGAAAAGAACUGUUCCUGAAAGGCAAUGCCAAAUUCAGUUUUUUUCUGAGCCCGUUAUAACGUUCGGGACAGCAAUUGCGGCCUUUUAUAUUCCUGUGUCGGUUAUGACAAUCCUCUACUGUCGGAUCUAUAAGGAGACAGAGAAGAGGACAAAAGAUCUGGCAGAACUUCAGGGUGUUAAUUAUCAAUUGGACUCUGGUGAGGCACAACCUCAGAAGACCAUCAUAAGAUCAUGUUUUAGUUGUAAACUAAGAUCAACUUCACAUGAUCAGAACCAAGCCUCCUGGUCAUCUUCCAGCAGGAGCCAUGCCAAAUCCACUGGAUCCACUAGUGAUGAGUGGUCCAAAGCCGGUCAGUUGACCACCUUCAAUAGCUACGCCUCUUCUGAGGAUGAGGACAGGCCAAUGUCUCCGGUGGGGCGCAAGCCCUCCGUCAGGAAUCAGGCUUGCGAAGCAAACAGAAUCAUUGUGGGAAGUGAGAGUGAGCAGCUCAGCAGUUUUGAUGAUGACAGCUUCUUCCAGGCACAUCCCAAAAGCAGCUCUCAAAAGAGUAGCAAAUGUGUGUCCUACAAGUUUAAACCUGUGCCCAAAGAUGGUCACGUGGAACACCAGAGCAAAAAUGGAAACACCAAGUUGGCGUCCUCAACUUUCUCCUCGGCUGAAUCUAUGAGCGUUCCCUCAACCUCCUCAGUGUCCAAGCCUACAGAUACAUCUCUGAAAAGCCAGAUCACCAAGAGAAAAAGGAUGGUGCUGAUCAAAGAGAGGAAAGCAGCUCAGACUCUCAGUGCUAUCUUACUGGCAUUUAUCCUUACAUGGACCCCUUACAACAUCAUGGUGUUGAUUUCCACCUUCUGCUCAGACUGUAUCCCACUCUCCCUCUGGCAUCUGGGCUACUGGCUGUGCUAUGUCAACAGUACCGUUAACCCCAUGUGCUAUGCCCUGUGCAACAAGAACUUUCAAAAGACAUUCCGCAUGCUGCUGCUCUGCCAGUGGACAAAGAAAAGGAUUGAGGAGAAACUGUACUGGUAUGGACAGAACCCUGCAGUUAACUCCAAGCUCACAUGAUUGACUUUUUUUGUAAGUUCUGGGAUCUUACCAACAAUCUUGGCUUUGUAAACUUGGACUCUACAUGUUAGUGUUAAUCAAUUCAGGUGGUGUCAUGAAGAGUAACUGCUGCUUCAAAAAGAAUGACUAUAUCCAGUGUUUUACAAACAUCACAUUUUUUCACAUUUUGCCAUUUAACUGCAAACUCUAUUGUUUUCCAUUGGGAUAUUUUGUACAAAAAAAAAACACAAAGCAAUUUGUAAUGGUAAGGCAGAAAGACAAUGUUUUAACAAAUUAAAAAAAUAUAAAAAAAAUAAAAACUGUAGCAUGCAUUUGUUUGUCAACAUUUGCUGCUAUAAUGGUCUUUUGGAGAAUGUUUAAACAAUAAUGUAAAUCAAGAGAUGGAAAUUUAUGCACAUUCAAAUGAACUCAAAAGUUAAAGAGAGUACCAAUAAACAUGAGUGUUAAAUUCUUGCCAAAAUGCCUCUUGUGGAUUUAGAUCUGAAGUUUGACUUUGAAAUUCUAACCCAUUAAUAUGCUUUGAUCUAAACAAUUCAACUGUAAUUCUGGUUGCAGGUUUCAGGUCAUCGUUUUCCCAGACGGUAAACCUCUGCUCCAAGCAAGUUUUUCUUUUCUUUUUUUCCUGAUAGGCUUACUUCUGGGAUGGACUUAUAUUUAGCUCCAUUUGACUUCCAAAAAACAUGAUUAAUCCCCAUAGUAUAGUGCUGCUAUGACCACUUUUCUCCAUGGGAAUGAUGUGUUCAGGAUGAUGUGUGGGGUUAGUUUUCUCCACAAUGGUCUGCUGCAACCUACAUGGCUGGUGGCAAACUGGAAAUGUGAGCUCUUACGGCUUUCUGUUAGCAAUAUUUCUUCACCAGUGCUAUCAUACAAACCUCCUAAAUUUUCUCAGAACAUCUCUGUUAAUACUGAGAUUAAAUUACACUAAUUUACUAACUAAGUGACAUUUGAUAGUAGUUGGACAAACUGGAUAUUUCAUAAGAGUAUCAGAGUAAAACAGUAAACAGAGUGAUUAUUGAUGUAUAAAAGAGUAAGU